AUGCCUCGAAUCCGGGCAGACGCCUCAGGGGCGCUCUCGGUGCACCCCUUUGGGUGGAUGUACACCUCGAUCCGGACAAAGAAGAAACGGGGUAAAAAGGAAGUCGUGAAAAAGAAUCCGGAGCAACUCGAGACGAAAGCCUCGAUGCCCCCUCUCCGUCUUGCCGACCAUGCGACAACUGCCGAGCCGCCUGCUGCAAUCGCUGAGACGAUCCGCACAGAAACGUAUCGCGCUGUGAAAGGCCGAAAGACAAGGCGGAUGUUUGUAUUUCGCAACAAGUAUAGGCUGAAACGCUUGCUGAGCUUAACACAUGACACGGAGCCAUCAGACGAAAGGAAGCCUCAAGGGCGUGCCUUUAUAACGCCUUUAACGCGGCUUCAGCAUCAGGCGCAUCUCCCCCGAUCCGCAACACACAGCCGAUUUGACUUCCGCCACUCUCUGCGGUAUACCGUUGCCUGGGGAGGCCCUCAAGUGUCUCCUGUUGUACCGUCCGCCUGCAGCGUCACGUUUCGCCUCAAAGAUUUGAGCCUUACUGCUGCCCAGCGAAAGCAGCUUAUUGCGAUUCUGGGGCCAGAUCGAAUACGGGAUGACCUCUGCUGCCUCGAGGCUGACGUCUUUCCAGAACUGAAUGAGAAUGCAGCGCAUUUAGGCGACGCUCUGGAGCUCCUUCUCCGCGAGAUUCGCGCCGUUUAG